AUGGCAUCAGCACCAGGACAUCCAGAAGAUCGUUUCAUUUUAUAUUACUUAGAUGAUAGUCGGGCUCAACGUAUUUUAUGGUUACUUGAAGCUUUACAAUUAGAUUAUGAAGUUAAAAUCUAUUUAAGAAAUCCAAAUACAUGGAGAGGACCAAUUCAAUUAUUUGAAGGUCAUCCAACUGGUAAAUCACCAAUUUUAGAUGUUAUAUUUGGUGAUGGUAGACCACCCUUAAAAUUAGCUGAAAGUGGUUUCAUCAUGCAAUAUUUACUUCGUUUUUAUGAUUCAAAUUAUAUAAUAAAUCCAGUAGAUCCAAUGGAACAAUUAGAAGUGGAUUAUUGGUUACAUUAUGCAGAAGGUAGUUUACAACAUAUACAAAUGACAUUAUUGAUUAAUUCUGUUGCAAAACACGUUGCACCAUUUGGUUUAAAAGGUGUUGCAAAAUUAGUUACAAAAGGUUUAAAUAAUGGUUAUUAUUUACACGAAUGGAGAUUAAACAUGCAAUAUUUAGAAGAUGUAUUAAAACGAAAUGGUACAGGUUUUUUUGUAGGUAAUAAAUUAACAGGAGCUGAUAUAAUUUUAAGUUUUCCAGUGUAUGAAAAUAUAUUUGAUAAUUUAGAUGGGGUUAAAGAAUGUGUUGGUGAAAAAAGAGACUUACGUAAAUUAUAUCCAAAUCUAGCUAAAUGGUGUAGAAUGAUUAAAAAUGACCCAACUUAUAAAAAAGUUAAUCAAAUGAUGGAUGAAGAAAUUGAAGAUUUAAUUGCAUUAAAUCCAAGAUUUGAAUAUGUUAAUGAAAAAUAA